AUGGGAAGAAAGCCUAAAGCAAAAAAUGAAGAGUAUGCAAUAGAUGCUGUGAAAGCUCAAUCAAAAAAGAAAAAGAAGAAGAAGAAGGUAGUCAAAGAUGAAGAAUAUGAAAUGGUCGCAGAUGAAGCUAAGAAGAUUAAAGACAAGUUCUCUAAGAAAAAAAUGACAAGAGAAGAUGAAAUGGCAUACUUGAAGUUCAAAAACGAAGAAGGAAAAUCAUCAAUUUCCAACUGUGAGCAACAUAGUAAAAUAGUGAGUCGGGCGGAAGAAAAUCAAAUAAGCAAAAUGUAUCAAGUUGAGUUUCGGCAAAACGUGAUACCUACACACUGGAAAUGUUCGUUGUGCGGGCAGAGAUCUGCUGUUGAUUCCUUAGGAGAUCUUUUUGGUCCUUACUAUAUUCCGGCUGAGCAUAUGAGUUGGCCAAGCUUCUUGGGAAAGAAACCGGGGAAGAAUGCGUCGUUGGUUGACAGUGUAAUUGAUAUUUGGCUUCACGGAGAUUGUGCUUUGUGGGCACCAAAUGUACACAUGAAAGGAAAUGAACUGACCAAUCUCCAGGAACAACUAAGCGUAUUUUGGAAGCAGACAUGUCUCAUUUGCCACACAGAAGGUGCUGCUAUAACUCUAAACAAUGGCAAACACGUUCACUUCCCUUGUGCACAAAAAAGCGGUUAUAAAAUGAAUUCCCACUUCUUCAGCUGCGAAGCUAAGUAA